AUGUCGAUAUCCACUUCAGCCAGCGGAGCCAUGCUGCCCACGCUCGUGGCGGUGAGCAUUGCCUCGCUCACCAUCGGCUACUUUGUCGGCAUGGGCCGCUCGCUCGUCUCGUACAACGCCAACUCGCGCCGCAUCCUCCAAGACGACGACUCGUCCGACGACGAAGACCUCGACGAUGCUACCGCCAGCACAACCGAAGAGUGCAAGAUGAUCCUCGCCGUCCGUAUGGACCUCAAGAUGGAAAAGGGCAAGAUCGCUGCUCAGUGCGGUCACGCUACGCUCGCUGUGUACAAGCUCGCACGGAGGAUCACGCCGGCUUUUGUCAAGCAGUGGGAGACGCUCGGACAGGCAAAAGUCGCCGUCAAGUGCCCCGACGAACCCACAAUGCUCGAACUCGAAAGCAAGGCCAAGGAACUCGGCAUCGCUGCCAGAUCCAUCAUCGAUGCGUACGUACUCCACACCCUUAUCCUCCCCAAUUUGCCGAGAUGUGCCGCGACUGACUCCAUUCUUGCGACCGUGCGGAUCGAAUUCCUCAGAGGGCGGACGCAAAUCGCACCCAACUCACGCACCGUGCUCGGCCUCGGCCCGGCACCCGUCUCGCUCAUGAACCAGCUCACGGGCCAUCUUAAGCUGCUCUGA